AUGGAGCACUUGGAUGAGAUGUCUGAGGACGAUAGGCACUUUGACGCCCUUGCUAAUUGUGCUCAAGUUUAUCACGAAUCCGAGGGUAUUCCGAGGCCAAUGGAAGGAAAGGCAUCCAGGCCUCUACGAAACACAAAGCUGGGACAAUGCCACAUUAUUAUGGAAUCAGGCGAUGAAUACGAUGGUGAGGUGAUUAUCCGAAACGGCAUUCCAGUUCCUCAUGGGCAUGGUGUCCUGACUUCAGCGUGUGGGGGACAUUCAUACGUUGGCGGUUUCAUCCAUCACCGAAGGGAUGGCUACGGGAAACUUAUAUCGUCACACUUUGUCUUGUGGUGUCAAUGGCGUAUGGAUUACCCGGAUCUGAACAAUUGUACGCGUCUUGAUUACCCAAACGGUGAUCGAUACUCUGGAUUUUUAGAGGUAUCGAAAGAUUCGCUUUUUUCGCCUUACACUAAAUCUUCUCAUAAAACGUCCAGAUUUUCGAUGUGGGCUCAAUCUUGCGCAUUUCUGCGCAGCAGAUGGGGUGAAUUGGUUACUGCCGAUGGUGAACGCUACUUCGGUGAGUGGAAACAAGAUACCCCACACGGCUUUGGUUGCUACAUCACACGUGAAGGCGAUCGCUAUGUCGGCAAGUUCAUUUCAGGAAAGUUCCACGACACUGGGACACUUUUUUCGGGUACCUUUGGUGCUGAAGGAUGUGUGCCGCUGAGUGGGGUGCGCUUUAAGGUUGGUGGGGGGAAGGGGGCGCCAUCGCCGGCGGUUACUUCCCCAAACCAUCUGUCUACGAGUCAAAGCGGCGUAGCACUCCACUCCACUUUCAUCUUUGAUGGCGUCUGGAAUCAGGGGCAGUUCUGUGGAGAGGGCCACAUCACGUUGCCCAACUGGACUCGUGUGACGGCAGAGUGGCGGGGCCCCGCGCGGUCCUACUAUGGGGAGGUCGUAGUUUCGCAAUCUAGUUCCAAGCGGGACACUGUCCUCCCUGAUGUGGGUGCUGUCCAUACGUGGCGGGAGUGCUUCCACUGGGAGUUCCUUCUCUGCGGUGCCAGCGAGGAGAUUCGAGUUAGUGAGAGGGAGGCAUCUGCAGCGCUGCGUGAGCGGUUCGCAAGCAGCAACACUGUCGAGGAGCAGCAUAGCGUCAUUGUUGAGUUUCUCAACAAUAGUGUCUUAGUUCAAAAUGCGGUUAGGGUGUUUCGACGUUGUUUUUACUUUUUUUUUGGCACGUGUGGUAGAAGUGGUGAGAUAGGCGCUGGAUUGGAGAAUAAUUCUUUGGGGUGGUGUUGCGUACGAAACGCAUUUUGGGGUUGUAUCCAUUCCAGCCGAGGAAGACCUAUAACAGCGGUUGAUUUGGAGUUGGCACUGCUUGAUAUUUUUUCCCUGACUCGAUCUCUUCAGCGGUGGGUGCAUGAAGCUUUAUGGGAAGAGCAGUCUUCCAGACUUGCGGGAGGUGGAGCGGACACGGUCAUUGGGCGAUGGCUUGUCGAUGUGGUCUUCCAGAGCGUGGACGGGCCCCUCAUAAAUUUAUACGCGCAUGUAUACAGUGACGAAUGCUUGAACUUGGACAAGCAGAUUGGGCACAUGCGAGGGAAAGUCACACUGGACGACAUGGGUGCUAAGUUUGCACGACGUUUCAGUGAGGAGCGUCUUUUCGAUCCAUAUGCUGAUGCUGUACAUUGUAUUAAUCAACUUGGCCUACCUGGACAAACGCUUACAGCUAAAUUAAAUAUCCUGAUGCAGUGGUCUAGCAACAUCAACCUUUCUACUCGUCUCGCGCAGAUACGCGCGGAGGAGGGCAUGCGAGGGACGUUGGAUUCUCUAAUGGAGGAUGUGUCUCAGGAGUAUCAACUUGGAUCAACCGAUGAUCUUCUGCCUAUUUAUCAAUACGUCAUCAGUCAAUGCUCUGUUAGGAACCUUUAUGCUCAUGUCAAGAUGCUUGCUGACUUUUCAAAUCAGGAGAGCUUUAUAGAUUUGAGCUCGCAGGACAAUUUUCGCGUUACAACCUUCUUGAUAUGUGCUAUAACUCUGAUACGACUUGGUCAAUCUAUACGAGAUGAUCAUAAUGUGCUGGUCCCGGCAAGCGUUCGAAUCGAGCGAAUGAUGACAGUGGUUGAGUCAAUACCAAAGUACGUGUGCGAGUUGCACGAGAGGCUCUGGGCAGGAAAAAGUCCUUGGGGGUGUUUUAGAAACACAAAUGUAACCCGUUUGCUGGCUAUUGUUUGCGGUUACGUGAAGUACUGGAUGCCGCAUGUAAUUGAACGUGCGUGCCAUGGGUUUAUGCACCUACGCGUUAUCCAUCAGCUUCCAUAUCUCUGGCUUACAGACACAAGUAUAUUUGAAAAGAAAAUAGUUAACGUGGUCCCGAUGUGCGGCAAUGAAGUGCCAGCUGAGGUUCGCUGGUUUUGUUGGUGUGUUGCUGGAAGCUUAAUGAAGGCUGUAGGCUUGCAGUUUGGGGCAUACCAGGCUUUGUCAUCACCUUGUUUUGUAGAGUUCACCUUAGAAGAGGGUUAUGGUACAUUCACUGAUGUCGAGAAUCCGAAUUCAGUAGUUUUUGUUGUCACUUGUAAACAUUUCCCAUUACCAAGCUUUUUACUUUAUGCGGCUAGUGUUUUGCGCGAUGUGUUAUGA